AAAGAUGUCUUAAAGACAAUUAAGUCAGUAAAAAAAUCAACUGGAGAUAAGAAUGUAUAUAAAUCUGAAGUCAAACCUACACCAGAAGGUAUGAAGAAAAAUAAGAAUAAUCAAAUCGGUAAUCAAAGUGAUUUAGCUUGCUCAUCGGUCAAGAAUUCUGCUUCACAACAGCAGGAUAUGUGA